ACGGGACCAUCAAAACGGCAAAAACGUUUAUGAACCGUUUAAUGGCGCGUGUAUACCAACUCCUCUAAAAGUUCUCAGCUGAAGCUGACACACCGGUCCCUCUGUUAGUCCUCUCUCGUCUUCUCAUCUGGUUCAGUUUGCUUCUAAAUUACGAAAAUCUAACGGUUUAAGGUCUUCGAUUUUCCAAUCCCUAAAUUUUCCCACUGUCAGAAAACCUAAAAUUUCCCUCGAUUUAUACUUUAGUUUUAAUAAUGGCUGUCUAACAUCGAUUUUUUUUUAAAGAACUGUUCUUUCUCUCUUCUCUGUUCUGGAUCUUUUACUACAUGUCUUCUUCAAUGGAUGAGUCUUACAACAACCUCCCUACUAGCCAUUUACUUGGCUCAGUACCUGCUGUGGUGACUGAAGAAAAAAGUACCGCCAACUAUGAAGUCCCAGUCCCUGAAGCAAAUAUGCAAACAUUCCCUCCGAAUAAUGGUGGAGGAGGUAGCAAUCGGGGUUAUCAAACUCUUGGAAGUCCACCUGAAGCAUUUGAGCAACAAUCACCAAACAAUUGGAAGGGAGUAUUCAGUGUCUCAUCAUACACACAGUAUUUCAAUGUGGAUACAGAUAUUGUCAUAAACAGAAUGAUGAGCUCCUUUUAUCCUAUUGGUGGAGAUUUUUUCAGCAAGAUUGAUGCUAACCCUGAUCUAUAUGGGCUUAUAUGGGUUUCAACUACAUUGGUAUUUGUGCUAGCUUCUCUUGGAAACUGUGCCACCUACCUCAUGCAGAAACACACUGAUAGUAGUGCUUCUUGGAGCUUUGAUGUCGGAUAUGUAAAUGUGGCGGCUGCUGCAAUCUAUGGAUAUGCUAUUUUGGUACCAUUGGCAUUUUAUUUCUUACUUCAGUAUCUGGGAACAAAUGCUAGCCUCAUACGGUACUGGUGCAUGUGGGGCUAUUCUCUCGUCAUCUUUAUUCUGAGCUCUUUUCUGCUGGUUAUUCCAGUUGAGGUGCUAAGGUGGAUUAUUAUUCUUGCUGCUGGUAUUGACUCGGCAUGUUUUGUUGCCAUGAAUCUCAAGUCUUGUAUUGAUGGGAAUGAUCUUACAAUCGUGUUGGUUGCAGCAUUCUUUCUGCAAUUAGCCCUUGCAAUCUUCAUCAAGGCCUGGUUUUUUCCAUAGAGCCUCUUACACUUACCACGUGUAUCUGCAACUCCCAAACAUCAGCCUUGAGGAAUUUUAUUUUUCGGGAAGAGGCGAACGUCACAUAUUUCAAAAACAUACCGUAGGUAGUAAAGAGACAGAUACAUGGGAAGGAAGAAUACCAAGGUGUGACUUAAACAGGUGGUAAUUAUUACUGUUGCUAAUGGACUUGAUUGGAACACGUGGACAUGGUUUAGCUUGCUGCUCUUUUAGCAGACUGGAGCAAGUAAAUGAAAAAAGCUGUGGUUGAUGAAAUCCAGUUUUGUGCAUUUAUUUUUCUUUCUUACAGAACAACUCUGGCUUGAAUUUUUCCACCUUUUAACUUGAAUGUGUAAAUACUUAAAUGACCUGCAGUAAAUUUUAGUGUUUUGUUUGUUUAA